GGAGGCAUUGCUCCGAGGUUAGGCUUUGCAAUGAUUUCCCAAAUGCAUGACGCAACCUCUUGCAGGAGCUCUGCCUUCCCAUAUUGACGGGACACAGGGGGGAAAUGCAACAUCCUGUUAUGAAGUUGCAUUGAAACAUGUUACAUUUCAGCUUUGCUAGCAAUCCCUCCCCAGUGAUCAAGGCACCUGACCAGUGCUAGGGUUAUGUAUGGCUAGAGAUGCUCUGUGCAGGAAAUUUGGUUUUGCCAGGCUCAGCUUCCUCACACCAGCAGGGGGCAGGAGUGCUGCAUCGAAAACACAUGGAGAGUGUCUCAGGAUGGCCUCUCAAGGCCCCCGGAAGCUGGAGGAGAAGCUGGUCUGCUCCAUCUGCCUGGAGAUGUUUGGGACAGCGGUGACCAUGCCCUGUGGGCACAACUUCUGCAUGAAGUGUAUCAACAACCACUGGGACAAGGAAGAGAAGGAGGCUUCUCCGGACAAGAAGGACUACACCUGCCCCGACUGCAGGCAACACUUCAAGAAGCGGCAGGAGCUCAGGAAGAACGUCGCCCUUUGCAGCGUGGUGGAGCUGAUCAGGUCUGGGGAAGUGCAGGCCUCCAGCACCGAGAGGAAAACCCCCGCCAACGGAGCGAGGUGCUCCAGACAUGGGCGGCCCCUGGAGCUGUACUGCCGAGAGGACAAAAUGUGCAUCUGCUGCGUAUGCACAGUGAAGGAGUGCCGGGACCACCACAGGGUCUUGUUCGAGGAGGAGCGCAAGAGAAAGGAGGUCCUUUUAGAAGAGUCUCUGGCGAAAACCCAGGAGGAGACCGUAAAGACCGAGGAGGAGAUCCACAAACUGGAGGAACAAACUGGCACCAUAAAGGAUUCUUCAGAGAGGCUGAAAUCGGGGAUUUUGCAGAAGUUUGCCCACCUGAUGAAAGAGCUGGAGGAGUGCAAGAGAGGGGCCGUGGACAAGAUAGAGCAAGAGCAGGCCACUGCCCUAGGGCAAGUGGAGGAGAACUGGAGCCAGCUGCAGGAUCAUCUGGCCAUGCUCACCCAACACCAGCAAAAGGCCCAGGAGCUGCUGACCUGUGUGGACGACAUGAAAUUCCUAGAGGAAUUCCUGCUGCUCCCUUCUCCGGGCAGCCUGGGAGUUUUGCCAGCUGUUGAGUUCAAUGUGGCCAGCACGGUAGAUCCCACUGCUAAGAUCCUCACCAAGGUCUCUAAGCUUUUGCUGGAGGAUUUGCCCAACUCUCUGAACCCAAAGGCGGCUGAUGCUGAAACCAAAGAGUCAGCGGAGCCAAAGGCGCUUGCUGUGGUGAAGGCAGGUCCAGCUCUUCCCGAGUGUGAAUUAAGAGCGGAGCUUCUGAGGGAUCAUCAAAAUUUGACCUUCGACCCAGACACAGCCAAUAAGUACCUGCAGCUGUCCAAUCAGAACCAAAAGGCCAAGCACACCCAUUCUCCUGAUGGCCUUUGUCAGGAUCAUGCCGACAGGUUUGAGCUGUGGCAGGUUCUGUGCAGCCAAAGCUAUAGCCAAGGCCGCCACUACUGGGAAGUCAGGAUCUCCAGCCACUCCAUCAUCCUAGGUGUGACAUACAAGAAAAUCCAGAGGAAGAAGCAAGCUGGUCGCUCCUUCAGCAUCGGGCUGGAUGGAUUGUCCUGGGGGCUGCAGAUCCGGGAGGACUGCUACUUGGCAUGGCACGAGGGCCAGUCACAUAAGAUCAUGGAGCCCUUGUACAAAUGCCUCGGAGUCAGCCUGGACUAUGGCACAGGCGUCCUGUCGUUCUAUGGCAUCGGGGACAAGAUGAAGCUCCUCCACUCUUUCCACUGUGUCUUCACUGAGCCCCUCUACCCAGUCUUCUGGCUCUGCGAAGGCAGAACCGUCACCCUUUGCCAACAGAACUGAGCCAGCAGCUGGGAUGCAGAAGCCAAGCCAUAGCCAGCGGGGCGUAUCCUAUCUUGCAGCCAGCUGCCUGGCUUUAUUCGGUGGGCAGCCUACUAAAGCUACAGCCAGGACUGGAGGUGUCACAAUGCCGUUGGUUUGACAGGGCCGAGGCGACGGGGUUGCAAUGAAUUAAAGACGGGGAGAUGAGGCAGGGAGCCUGAAAAGCAAAGAAACAUGACUGGAAUGAAAACUGCCCAAGUAGUUCAGCCAUAUGUAAAUUAGAGUUGGGUGGCAGGAGACCUGCUUCCUUACCUGUCACAAGGAUCCCCUGGUGGAAGAGCGGAAGCUAGUGGGAGUCACAAGGCACCUGGCAUCUGUCUUGUUGCAUGUGGAACGGCAUUGCCUGUUUCCAGCCCCCGUGACGUAACAGGGAGAAGUUAGGGUCCUGUGGUGGCACCAGUGAAAGGGCUGCUGUUUGGGAGGCUCUGAUGAGAUGGUGGCAGGAGGGGAGAUAGCACAGCUUGGUGUCCCAACCCUCACUUUCUCUGCCUCCCAGAACCUUGGACGGUCACCUCCUGCUUUUUGUUCUGCAGAGCAGUUGCUGUCAGAGAGGGGCCCUUGCAUAGGCGCCGACUCCAUGGUGCUCCAGCCCCGGAGCACCCACGUAAAAAAAACCAGUGGGUGCUCAGCACCCACCGGCAGCCUCCCGGAUCAGCUCUGCCUCCUCCCCCUCCCUCCCAGCACCUCCCGCCCUCCUCGAUCAGCUGUUCAGCCGCCUGCAGGAGGCACUGGGGAGGAGCGGGGGCAGGAAGAGGUGGGGGAGGGGGCAGAACGGGGUGGGAAGAGGCAGGGUGCGGGAGGGGUUUGGGGACUCAGAACAUUUAGAGCACAGCGGGGGUGGGGGAUGAGAGGGAAGUGGACUUUUCCCUCUGCUCCGGGGACAGUCAAUUCCUGUGGUUGGGUUCUACUUGUUUUUAAAAGUCCCCAUCUGCAAUAAAGCUCCAUUUUCUAA